UCCAGCUUCGUGAGACGGGGGGCUGUCAGUCAUCCCUCUGAGGCAGCGGGGCACCGAGGCUUCCCCGGGUGAUGGAGCACCCCGCAGCAGCCCCGAUCCUUGCCUGACUUCCUCGCCGUUCUGAAGCCAGUUGCAGAAAAGUGUUUUCCACCUUCUGGCCACAGGUUGACUCCAGGAGAGAAGACGGGACGGGUCCCAGCCCGCGAUGAGGUCGUAGUGCGAGGAGAGCUGUUCCGAACCAGAAGGACACAGACCUCCUCCUCCCAUCCAAGAGUGCCAAGCCAGGCAUGGGACUGCUGCAGGGAGCCAACAGCACCCUCAUCAUGGAGAAGCUAGCAUUAGAUGAGAAGCUGCCACAGGGCUGGCACACUAAAGACUUCGUCACUCCCAGCCUGGAUCUCUCUGGGUCCCGCACUGUAAUGAUGGACAGCACCAAGAUCCCAGGGGUCCAGGUAGUUCUGAUUGCUGCCUACUCCCUCAUCAUCCUCCUGGGGUUCAUUGGCAACUCUUUGGUCAUCUACAUCAUAGUGAAGUACAAAACCAUGAGGACUGUGACCAACCUCUUCAUAGCUAACCUGGCUCUGGCAGAUCUGAUGGUGGACACCCUCUGUCUGCCUUUCACCCUAGUGUACACGCUGCUGGAUGAGUGGAAGUUCGGAGCUGUUCUUUGCCAUCUGGUCCCUUAUGCUCAAGCUCUGAGCGUUCACGUGUCCACUCUCACCCUGACUGUGAUUGCCCUGGAUAGGUACAGAUGUAUUGUGUUCCACCUGGACAGCAGGAUCUCCAGGAGGCUCAGCUUCACCAUCAUAGCCAUCAUGUGGCUGGCUGCAGCCAUCCUAGCAGGUCCUCUGGCCAUCUUCAGAGAGUUCCGCUACGAGGAAAUCCCAUCUAUCAACCUCAAAAUGGCUGUGUGCUCCGAAAAAUGGCCUUCUGGUAAUAACAGAGAUGCCACUAUCUACAGCCUGUCCAUGCUCCUCCUGCAGUACGUUUUUCCUCUUGCAGUUAUUUGUUAUGCUUAUACCAGGAUCUGGUUCAAGCUGAAAAACCAUGUCAGUCCCACAUCUCGGAAUGAAAACCAUUGCAGGAGGAGGAAGACCACCAAAAUGCUGGUGAUGGUAGUUGUGGUCUUCGCAGUCUGUUGGCUACCCUUCCACAUAUUCCAGCUUGCCAUUGAUCUUGAUCUGGUUCUUAUCUUCCAUGAAUACAAACUGCUGUACACUGUCUUCCACGUGGGAGCCAUGUGCUCUACGUUUGUCAACCCCCUGCUCUACGGAUGGAUGAACAAGAAUUAUCGCAAUGGCUUCCUCAUGUUCUUCCGCUGCCAGAACAAGCCAGAAAGCAUCCACACCGAAGGCUCAGUGAGAGGGAGGUCGUACAUCUUCAGGGCCAGCACCCUAAAUGGGAGCAUCAGGCACGCUGCUGGCAAUGGACCCACAGAGGUUUAGGGAUGGGGUGUCCACCUCCAGAACCGAGGCUGACUGAGCGCAGACAUUCUUGGUGAAUGCCUUUUUUGGGAAACAUUAUGUAGCUACUGCAGCCGCAUAGAAAAACCUUUUGUAUCUCUCAGUACAAUAAAUCUGGUGUAUUUCUCUCUGACCACACAAGUGAAUUUUUCCUUUCCCGUGAUGCAUGCAGAAUCAUCAAAAAUCAUGGAAGGGGCUUCCACUUAGCCAGCUAAACAUUCCCUCUCAGGCAUUUCCAUGGGCCAAAUUGGAUUGUUCAAUCUUUUACCUCCCAACA